GAUAAAUACAUGGAAAGUAAACCAACUAAAAUACAACUGGAAAAUUCUUGACACAAAAGUUCUGUGGAUUAGGAUUUGCACCAAUUAGACCUUAGUUUAAAAUUUCCUUGUUUCGUCACAAAAAUGAUCUUAUCCUCACCAGCUAGAAUUGUCUGGGCUAAAAUCUUGUAAUUUUAGAAGAAAAAAUGGAAAACAAAAAGAAAAGAACGAAGAAAAAGGAUAUGAACAAUUCUCUUAGCCAUAACUAUCAUGGUCAAACCGUUUAAAGUGUAGAUUUUGUGGAUGAGAAUUUCAGUUGCAAAAUAAUAUACGAGAAGAAUGGAAGGAAAUCAAGUUGAAGCCAGUAGUAAUCGAAACGUUAGGGGUUGUAAAACUGGAAGGUUUCAAAGGUUUGGAUUCAGCAAAAGAUAGAAAAGACAGCUAAAUGUUGAAAAUUUUAUCCUAUUUUGCAACAAUGUUAGUUGGAGUUUUUAGGAGGCUAGCAGGACUUGAGCACAGAUAUAAAUCCAGGCUUUUCAUCUAGGAUCAAGCAGAGGGUAGUAGGAGAGUUUUAUUCCUUCGGUGUGGUAUGCGGGACUUGUGCAGGCAAAUUCCAUUGAAAGAUCCUAAUCAGCCCCGGGAAGAUUCUAAGCAAAUCACAAUACAAGGACGGGAAAAAAAACUUACUCCUUAGACGCUGCUUCUCUUACAUAAAGGCCAGAGUAAGUUACGGGAGAGGAUUGAGAGAUGGCAGGAGGAGGAUUUGUUGCUCAAGAUGGAGGGGCCAACUAUGAAGGUCGUGUCACCGCCUUUGUGAUCUGCACCUGUCUGAUUGCCGCCACUGGUGGUCUCCUCUUCGGUUAUGACCUUGGAAUCUCAGGAGGGGUGACCUCAAUGGAACCGUUUUUGAAGAAGUUCUUCCCAUCAGUCUUAGAAGAACAGAAUGAUGCAGCCAAACACGAAAGCGAGUAUUGCAAAUUCGACAGUGAGCUACUCACAUUGUUCACAUCUUCCCUCUACCUUGCUGCUUUGAUAGCUUCCUUCUUUGCUUCAGUGGUAACCAGGAUCUUUGGCCGAAAAAUUUCCAUGUUCGUUGGAGGCCUUGCUUUUCUUAUCGGCUCAAUUCUAAAUGGCAUUGCCAUGAAUGUUGCUCUCCUAAUUAUUGGCCGUUUGUUUCUUGGUGUGGGGGUUGGAUUUGCAAAUCAGUCUGUUCCAGUGUACUUAUCGGAAAUGGCACCAGCAAAGAUUAGAGGAGCUUUGAACAUUGGUUUCCAGAUGGCCAUUACAAUUGGAAUACUAGCCGCAGGCCUUAUUAACUACGGCACAGCAAAGAUAGAGGGUGGAUGGGGAUGGAGAGUUUCUCUAGCUCUUGCAGCCGUUCCAGCCAUAGCGAUGACUGUUGGAUCGUUCAUACUACCAGACACUCCCAAUUCUAUUCUUGAGAGAGGCCAUACGGAGAAGGCAAGACGAAUGUUGCAAAAAAUUCGCGGCACCCAACACGUUGAUGCUGAAUUUCAAGACCUUGUUGAUGCAAGUGAGGCCGCCAAGAAAGUGGAUCACCCAUGGAGUAAUAUUCUCAAACCAAGAUACAGGCCUCAACUUGUCCUCUGCAUUCUCAUACCAUUCUUCCAACAACUCACUGGCAUUAACGUUAUCAUGUUUUAUGCACCUGUUCUCUUCAAGACUUUGGGUUUUGGUGAUGAUGCAUCACUUAUGUCUGCUGUUAUCUCUGGCACUGUAAACGUUGUCGCCACAGUUGUUUCCAUCUAUUCAGUUGAUAGGUUCGGAAGAAGGAUUCUGUUCCUUGAAGGUGGCAUACAAAUGAUCAUUAGCCAGAUUGCAGUAGGCGUCAUGAUUGCCAUGAAGUUUGGGGUCAAUGGUGAUGGUGACUUGUCAAGGACCGAUGCCAACGUUUUGUUGUUCUUGAUCUGUGCAUAUGUUGCAGCAUUCGCAUGGUCUUGGGGACCUUUGGGAUGGUUGGUGCCCAGUGAGAUCUGUCCUCUAGAGAUCCGAUCAGCUGGACAAGCAAUCAACGUUGCAGUAAACAUGAUCUUCACCUUUGCCAUUGCUCAGGUGUUCCUCGCCAUGCUUUGCCACAUGAAGUUCGGCCUCUUCUUUUUCUUCGCUGGCUUUGCUAUAAUCAUGACUAUCUUCAUCCACUUCUUCUUGCCUGAGACAAAGAACAUCCCAAUUGAAGAGAUGAACAGAGUAUGGAAGCAACACUGGUUCUGGGGAAAGUACAUCCCAGAUGAGGUUGUCAUUGGUGGAAACCGCAAAGCUGAGCACAGGGAUGCUUGAAAGCAAGAUUCAACACAUGGAGUUGGAAUAUUAUUUAUAAUAUGCUCUGCUUAUAAUCAUGUAAAAGCAAUACGAACGAGGAGAAAUUGCAGAACAACAAAAAGCAAUACAACAACUUUAACAAACUUUCAAUCUUUCUUUCUGAAUAGAGUAAUAACAGCUUAAUUCGAAUUGAAAAUAACUCGAUUUAAA